AUGGGAAACAAGGGGAAAAAGAUUGCCCCAGUCAGGCCACCAAUACACGACGCUAUUCCAACCAGGCCAGCAAGGCGCCCCGUGGACUCUGGCGGCGCUAUAUCAGAAAGAAAAGCGGUCAUAAGUGAGGCGACCAUUGAACAACCAAUGGAAAAUAGCAAUCUAAAUGCUAGAAGACUAGAAAAGAAAGAAAAAAAGGUGACCGGAAAUAUCGUUUUGGCAGCAACAGAACACAAAAGCAUUGAAAGCAUGAUGAGCGAAAAUCCAGUAGCAUAA